AUGAACAGAGACCGAUAUAUUUCCGAGUUUGAUGCAAAACCAUGGGAUCCGACGAAAAGAGAAAAAUGCUAUAUUUAUGAGAAAGAAAUCACUGACGCACAAGACAUUGUUGCCGACUUAUCAGAAGGAUUAGAUUUCGAGAGAGAUGAUGGAUUACUGGCAACUAUUAGACUCAGAAUCAAACCACGUCGUAAUCUAUUUCAGUUUUUUGUGUGGCACAAACGAUUCACUACUUCUUAUUGA